AGCCCCCGCCCUCCUCUCGCCCGAGAGCGGAGGCGGGCCGCGGGUUUCCCCUUCCCCGGGGUCCACCCAAGCAAGCCGUUCCCCUUCCGGAUGGGAGGGCGAGACCUGCGUGAUGGCCGCGGCCGCCGUGGAGGUUGGGCUGCCGCUGCUGCUGGUUCUGGCUUGGGGGGCCCCCGGGAGAUCCCUGCAGGCAGCCGGGGCCCCCCCGGCCCUGCCACAGGACGCCGAGUUCACCUUCCUGCUGCCGGCCGGGAGGAGGGAAUGCUUCUACCAGGUGGCGCCGGGCAACAGCUCUAUGGAAGUCGAAUACCAGGUGAUUGGCGGGGCGGGACUGGACGUGGAUUUCUCCUUGGCGAGCCCGUCGGGCGCUUUGCUGGUCGAGGAGUUCCGGAGAUCCGAUGGGUUGCACACAGUGGAACCUACAGAGGGCGGUGAUUAUAAGCUGUGCUUCGACAACUCCUUCAGCACCAUCUCAGAGAAGCUGGUAUUCUUUGAACUAAUCUUCGAUACCCCCCAGGAAGACGAGGACUUGAAUCACUGGGCGGAAGUGGCUGAGCCAGAGGAAAUGCUUGACAUUAAGAUAGAAGAUAUCAAGGAAUCUAUUGAAACCAUGAAGAGCCGUCUGGAGCGAAGCAUUCAAAUGCAGGCAUUACUACGAGCGUUUGAAGCACGAGAUCGCAAUUUGCAGGAAAGCAACCUAAGCCGAGUCAACUUCUGGUCAGCGGUCAACCUUAGUGUGUUGCUGGUGGUGUCUUUCCUCCAAGUGUAUAUGUUGAAAAGCCUCUUUGAAGACAAGAGGAGAGUCUGGACAUAGCAACCAAGAACUUGACUGCCCAUGUUGCCAAAGCUCAGGACUGUCAAAUUUUUCUGCCACUUUGCCUACUCUCCCUACAGAUAGGUUAAAUGAUAGUCAGGGUAAGGGAGGGGGGGCAGUGUACCUCCACAUAUUAUGGGGGGAGCAGUUAGGAUGCUGAUCACCAUUUGUGGAAGCUGAAAUUUGGGACAAGAGAAAGUAGAAGAAAUUGGGCUGUUCAGGCAGCAGGCAAACAAAAGAAGAAGAAGAAGAACAUCAACAUCAACUUCAGGUGCUCCUUUAUUUAUAGCGGAGGGUGGAUUUAGAGUUGGAAGGACUCUAACCCGGAAAAGGCUUGGCCCUUGGCCUCCGUUCUGCAUCAGGCUCGAUUCAGAGGUGCCUUAGGAACAGGUGCUACUGUGAUUGGAAUGAGGCAUGUUCCUGCCCCUUCUGCUGCUGAAAGAUUUUUUUUUAGCCUUUAUUCUCUUUCUUUUGAAUUUUCUUCUCCUAAGAAGCACCACAAUAAUUCAGAGCACUAAGACUUAUCUGGUAGCUUUAUAUCGGUCCUCUAUUACUCUACAUGCUUUUCUUCCAGGGAUGAUAAGAAGGAAAAAUGUGUAACUGCUAAAGGGAGUGUUGCAAAAAGUUUAGCUUUGAUGCCUUGGUACUCAGCUAAGGAUAGAAAGGGCUAGUACUGCUUUGCUAUGGAAAGGGCAUGCUUCUGAUCUAGAAUUCCUACUUCCAGCAGAAGCCGUGCCAAUGACAUUAGCUUUUCUCUUUGAGAGAAAAUAAUUGCUUUUUACAACCAACUCUUCAAGAUGUUGAAUUCAGCAGUGAAUCUGGUGUGUAUGUGUGUGUGUGAGAGAGAGUGCAUGUGUCUGCGCACGCGCAUAUGUAUAGGACUGACUUGUCUAAUCUCUGAAUUGCUGAGACUGCUCUAUUUUGGUCUUCAGCAAUUGAGAAUUUGUCCUGGGCCUUGGACUGGCGAGAUUAAAGAUGUUUGACUUGGGUCCUCAACGACAAAGGAUAGGAGGUGAUCUGUGUCAGGACAGAUCUCCAUUUAAAAUGGUGGAGGCAAUAUACAUUGAGGAGAAGAUUCGAUCUUGUUCUUUUCUUUUUGGAGAAGAGGGUGUGCAAGAGUGAUUGAUGCUACUAGCAUCCCUUUUCAGAAGUGCAGUUGCAUUUUGCGUUUUCCUUCAUAUCCAUAGUGUACCACAAUGUACACUUGAAGAUAGCGAAGCCUGAGUUGUCCAUUCAUGGUACUGCUCCUUUAUCUGCUCUUCAGGGAGCAUAAUGCCCGUUUUUGAUAAUGGCUUUCCUAAUGCCAGAUAACAGUGGUUUGUGUGCUGAAAUAUUUGCUUUGGUCUUCCUCAGAAAUUGGCUGGGAUAAUACUAAUAUGAUGGGUCGCCAGCAAGGACUUUUUUAAAUGGACCCAAGCAUCUCUGUAGGUUAAUGUUUGUGCUUUCAAUAAAUGGUCUUCAAACUGUA